UACAACAAACAUGGCCGCUAAAUCGGAUGGAGCAGCCGUGUCUAUGCAGAAUGAGACCCUUCCCCGGUGUCCGGCUGUCGGCCACCAGCGGCAGCCUCCCGCCCGCCAAACCGGGAAGCGCUACUCCCUGCAGGACUGCUGCUGGGUCCUGUGCGCCCUCCUGGUCUUCUUCUCAGACGGGGCCACCGACCUGUGGCUGGCCGCGGACUACUACCUGAGGCGGGACUACUGCUGGUUCGGGCUGACGCUGGUCUUCGUGGUGGUUCCCUCCGUGGUGGUUCAGGUGUUAAGUUUCAGGUGGUUCGUCUACGAUUACUCAGACAUCCCGGGCGGCGGUAACGGAACGGCGGUGGUGGCGGCGACGUCCGGGGCAGAUUGCAAUUUCAGCACCAAGGGCAGCGAACAGCGAGGCGCUGGCUGCGUUGCCGGGUCCCUGCCUGCGACGGGCACCAGGAGCGGUACCCAGAGGUGCUGCAGGGCGUGCAUGUGGCUCUUUCAGUCCCUCAUUCAUAUCCUGCAGUUAGGACAAGUCUGGAGGUAUGUCCAUGCCUUGUACCUGGGCACCCAGAGUCGCUGGCACGGGGACAGUCGUCGGCGGCAUUUUUACUGGCGUAUGAUGUUCGAGAGCGCCGACAUCAACAUGCUGCGUCUGCUGGAGACCUUCCUCAAGAGCGCCCCCCAGUUAGUGUUGCAGCUCAGCAUCAUGGUCCACAGCCAGCAAAUGCACCCGCUGCAGGGCUUAUCUGCCUCUGCUUCUUUGGUGUCUUUGGCCUGGAUGAUUGCAUCAUACCAGAAGGUGCUGCGGGACUCUCGGGACGAUAAGAUGUCGAUGUCCUACAAGGCAGUGGUGGUUCAGAUGCUGUGGCACUUCUUCUCCAUCGGAGCACGCACCAUCGCUUUUGCGCUGUUCGCCUCAGUGUUCCAGCUCUACUUUGGCAUCUUCAUCGUGACACACUGGUGCAUCAUGACCUUCUGGAUCAUCCAGGGGGAGACAGACUUCUGUAUGUCCAAGUGGGAGGAGAUUAUCUACAACAUGGUGGUGGGCAUCAUCUACAUCUUCUGCUGGUUCAAUGUGAAGGAGGGGCAGACCCGCUACCGUAUGUUCAUCUACUACUUCAUCAUUCUGGUGGAGAAUGCGGCACUCACCAUGCUCUGGUACCUGUAUCGUGGGCCACAGGCCUCUGACUUCAGCUCCCUGAUUGUAGUGUGUGUGGUGGUGUGCAGUUUUGCUUUGGGGAUGUUCUUCAUGUUUGUUUAUUAUUGCCUGCUUCACCCCAACGGCCCCAUCUUUGGAGGCCAGUGGAGGGGUGCAGAUGAAGAUUUGGGCGAACCUUUCAUGGUGCUGGCUCCUACCCCGGACGUGGUUACCAGCCCCCCUCGGACACUGCCAAGGACUACAGCACAGGAGCGGGAACAUGGUCCAGGUGACAGAGACAGUUGCCUGUCUGUGUUCCAAGUCCGACCCAGUGUUCCCCCGACCCAGGUCCCCCGAAUCCCACGGACAGAAGGGCCAGUCAUACGUAUAGACCUUCCCAGGAAGAAGUACCCGGCCUGGGAUGCUCACUUCAUCGACCGCAGGUUGCGUAAGACAAUCUUGGUGUUAGAGAACACCUCCCCUGUGACGCCUCGCUUGCAGUACCGCAGUCUUGGCUCCCCAAAGGAAGUGAUGGAGUAUGAAACUACAGUGUAACUCAUCUACCCUUUGGGGUGCCACCCAAACAGUUUGAGAAAGGGGGCUGGUGAAAGACGGCUCGUGUCGAGGGCCUAUCUUUAUCCGGCAACGUUGGCACCUGUGUGAUUUCUGCUUCUCUGCAUCUUGGAUGUUACUGGGACUGGGCUAUGUGUAUGUAUGUGUACUGCAGAGACUAUAUAAGGCAAUGGGACCUAAGAGAACGAUCGGGUGUCUAGUUGAGCUGCAACUACAGACACUGCAAGUAGUUAGGGGAGGAGCUAUAGAACUUUCCACACGGCUGACAGGCUCCACAAAGAGGGUGAGCAAUGACUAUGACACAGCGAUGAUGGUGAUGAUGAUGAUGAUGAUGAUGAUGAUGACAAUGAUUAUAAAAAACCUUUAGCUCAGUAGUGCUUAACAAAUACUGGCCCUGUGAAAUUCACAUAAUUACACCCUUGCAGUAAACGUGAAACGAGAAAAUGGCUUCCUCUUGAUUUGUUUCUGUAUCGUGAGAGAUUUUAUCAUUUUGCGUGUAAGUAUUUAUUUUUAUACUCAAGGUUCACAUCUUUUGAUAUAAUUGAUAUAACUAUACGUAUACUUUUUUUAUUGUGUAGAAUGAUAUAAUAUUUUGUUUAUUGGUUGAUUAAAUUAAUUUUGCCAAAUUCGUAUGCACUGGAUUAUGGCAGAGCAGACAUAAACAGUAUAGGGUAUAUUUUAACUGAAAUGUAGCUGAACGUGAAGUAUAGCAAAAGUUAAGACUGAACAGUCUCAAAAUCACAUAUGAAAUGUCCUCUUUCUGUUAUAACAGAAACAAAAUAAUCACACUUAAUAUAGAAAUGCAGCAGGCUGAGGUGUUGGAUGAGAUCUUAGAAAGCAGGAGUUAGGAAGCCAGCAGUAUUGUCACUUAACAUUGUUACACUGUUGACGACUUAUAACAUUAGUUUAAUGGACUGUCUCACAGUAACUAGAAGUCUAGUUCACAUCACUUUAGCGGACAACAUUGAAUCGUGCUGGUUUUUCUCAGUGAAAUCACAACUGUAGACAACAUGUGACUUGCAAAGCCUUAUGCGCCGAAUUCCUGACCAUGGGCAGACUGUUCCUAAUUACAAGGUAGAAAUUAGAAUACGAAGUUCAUAUUUAAUUAGGAAAGAAUAAACCGUGUUUGUGUGCCUGUUGGUAAAUGUACAUAUGUCAGUCCAUACCUUCUGUUUCCUAGUGCUGUGUAUUGACUGAACUAACACAGCUCUGCGCUCUAAGGGUCCUUUAAAACUAAACGAAUGCAAUAAACCAUGAUUCACUUCGUUUAUGUGGUAGACGCUUUGUGCCAGGAUCCAAGUCACACAUAAAUAUACUGUAUGUGUGAAUGUUGGAACCAAAACCAUAUUGUCCAGGAUUAAAGCCAAGUAAGACAAAGGGUGUGACCAAAGUAGUUUAGGAAAGAUGAAGAAUCAGUGUUCUUGAUACUGUAAAUUAGAGCCAAAUGAAAUUCUCGGGUUUCUGAAGGGUCUGUCCUCUCUGUGUGUCAUUUGUAGCAGUAAAUACCAUGUCUACAAACUUCAAUACAAGCUUGUUAGCGACCCAAGACUUCUCACAGCGAGUAUCCAUCUUUUUGCUGUCAGCACAUGGAAAACAAAGUAGCCCCCCAAAAAAUCAAAGAAAUAUGUACAUAUAAUCGAUAUGUUUGGCAUAUAUUACAAGCAUGACAAUUAUUGCAACUUCAUGUAAAUGUAUUCUACAUUUCACGAGGAACUGUGGUAAUAAUCGGUAUGUGUUGGAUAUGUCAUGCAUAUUAUAUAUUUAAUUCUAUACUUUAUUUCCUUUGCACUAUUCAUAAAUUCUGAGCUCUGUCUUUCAUCCAACAAUACACUCACAGCAGCUUCACCAAACCGCUCCAAUUAUAAGAAACUCAAGGACAGAUUGAUCCUUAAGUACAAGGCAUUGCCACUUUGUAGCAAAUGACUUCUAUUUACAAGCUGCGAGUGGAUAAAAUAACAGAAAACUUUUCGCAACUUACAAAUAUAGAUACAUAGGCAGCCCUAAAAAUCACAACAGCAUGUGCCAACAUUGGGGUUGCAAGUUAAUGCUCACCAAAAGGGUUGGGUGGAAGCUUGGGAAGAUUGUUGGUAACCAUUACGGAAGUGCAACCCCAGAAAUGCCCACAGAACUGAAUCAGCAGCUCUGUGAUCUUGCCACAGCAGAAAUUGUGCAUCAUAAGUUACCCUUUCAUGCCUUUUCCUUGGGUUUGUCAAGGUAUGCAGUCAACCUACAGUAUCUAUUGACACUGGCAAAAACCAGUGUCCUUGUUCUGCACAGGUGUGUAAAGGCCAAGGAAUAUGAGGCUAAUUUACUGAACCUUGUGCACUCUGGUGCAAAUACUGUUCCCUUUACUUUUCCCAUAUUCCUGGAGGAUAAUGAGAAAGUACACACUGCUGAAUGCAUCAAGAGAGGCAUGAAAUGCCCUACAAGGUCUCCUCAAUCAGCAGAUGUAAAAAAUAUAACAUUUAUUAGAAGAUAUGAACACAGACAGGUUAGGACUUACAGUAUAUGACACCAUUCCAGGAAGGAAUGAAGCAGUUCUGGAGCCAGUGGAAGGCCUACUCCCCAUUAGGACCUUGAUAUUAAUACAUUAUUUGGUGUUUUCUUUAUUUUAUCUACCCCCAAUACAUAGAUGUUUACUGUAAGGACACCAUGAUCUCUCAUCCCACUCAACUGGGAACAGAUCUUUCGCAAAUUGACUCUUCUGUUUUAAACAGUAACAGCUGAAUGAAAACAUUGUACUUAUGUUGAGCAUUCUCUUUAGAGAAGGAAACGUUAGCAUUUAUUUGAAGGAUCUGCAGUGAAAACAAUAAAAAAAAAUUCACAAUUGUCAUCAUCAUCAUCAAUAUACUAUUGAAAUAAUAAUGCACCUGGAGGUAUAUUAGAGGUAUAUUCAAAUUAAAGACAAUGCCUGAUAUAAUUUACGAGCAUCUUUACAGAAAAGUACUUAUGGGCUGAAUAUGGUGCUGUCUGAGGCCACUCAGCAUUUGAAAUGAAGUGUGAUCAACAAGCCUUACUUUGUUUUAUACUCAGUAGAAUUCUUCUCAAAGUCCUUUAAAGCAUCCUCUCCACAAUUGUUCCUGCAUGUGCAUUAUGAGCAUCAUAUUCCAUACUGGUGCUGAAUCGUUAAAGAUUUGUAUGUUGAUAAAUGAGUCUCAGUUGUUUCUUGGUUGUAUGUCAACGUAAACAUUCAGCAUCAAUCACAAUAAAAAAGACUUAAAAAAAAAUAUAAAAUGCUGUAAAGCAUUUUAACUUAAGUUAAAGUAUCAC